AACAGGUUGGAGGCAGAACGGAAACGAGUCAACACAGCAACCUCCAUCCAGUGCAGGAAGAAAACUCCGUUCACACAGGCACUUAGGAGCCCCUGCGUGGAGACGGCAGGUGGCCUCUGCCUACCCAAAGGACAAGAAGCACCCCAGUAGGAACUUUAAAGGGAUGGAAAUCUGUUGCCUGUUCCGCUAGGAAGAGCGUCUGCCAGGCGCAAGGUGGCUGUUGGCGGCUAGCGCGCUCUGCGCAUGCGCAGGCCCGCCGGGAAGCACUGCCCAGUCGCCGAGUAAGUUGCAUUCCUUGAAUCCUCGCAGAAAAGGCAAUUCUUUCACCAGAGUUAGGAAUGUGGGCAGCACAACAUCGAGAGAGUCUGGGGCUGCUCUCUUUCCCUGUGAUGAUUGCCAUGGUCUGUUGUGCACACAGCGCCAACGAGCCCAGCAACAUGUCCUACGUGAAAGAGACGGUGGACAGAUUGCUCAAAGGAUAUGACAUUCGCUUGCGACCGGACUUCGGAGGGCCCCCCGUGGACGUCGGGAUGCGGAUCGAUGUCGCCAGCAUAGACAUGGUCUCCGAAGUGAACAUGGAUUAUACACUCACCAUGUAUUUCCAGCAGUCUUGGAAAGACAAAAGGCUUUCUUAUUCUGGAAUUCCACUAAACCUCACCCUAGACAAUAGGGUAGCUGACCAACUCUGGGUACCAGACACCUACUUUCUGAAUGACAAGAAAUCGUUUGUGCAUGGGGUCACAGUGAAAAAUCGGAUGAUCCGACUGCAUCCUGAUGGAACAGUUCUCUAUGGACUCCGGAUCACAACUACAGCUGCAUGUAUGAUGGAUCUUCGAAGAUAUCCUCUGGAUGAACAGAACUGCACCCUAGAGAUUGAAAGCUAUGGCUAUACCACUGAUGACAUUGAGUUUUACUGGAACGGAGGAGAGGGAGCAGUCACUGGUGUGAAUAAUAUUGAGCUUCCUCAGUUUUCCAUUGUUGACUACAAGAUGGUGUCUAAGAAGGUGGAGUUCACAACAGGAGCGUAUCCACGACUGUCACUAAGUUUUCGACUGAAGAGAAACAUUGGUUACUUCAUUUUGCAAACCUACAUGCCUUCCACACUGAUUACAAUUCUGUCUUGGGUAUCUUUUUGGAUCAACUAUGAUGCGUCUGCUGCCAGAGUUGCACUAGGUAUCACCACGGUGCUGACAAUGACCACCAUCAGCACCCACCUCAGGGAGACCUUGCCAAAGAUCCCUUACGUCAAAGCGAUUGACAUUUAUCUGAUGGGUUGCUUUGUGUUUGUGUUCCUGGCUCUGCUGGAAUAUGCCUUUGUAAACUACAUCUUCUUUGGGAAAGGCCCUCAGAAAAAGGGAGCCAGCAAACAAGACCAGAGUGCCAACGAGAAGAACAAGCUGGAGAUGAAUAAAGUCCAGGUCGACGCCCACGGCAACAUCCUCCUCAGCACCCUGGAGAUCAGGAACGAGACGAGCGGCUCAGAAGUGCUCACGGGCGUGAGCGACCCCAAGGCCACCAUGUACUCGUACGACAGCGCCAGCAUCCAGUACCGCAAGCCAAUGAGCAGCCGCGAGGCCUAUGGGCGGGGCUUCGACCGGCACGGGGCCCCUGCCAAAGGCCGCAUCCGCAGGCGCGCCUCUCAGCUCAAGGUCAAGAUCCCGGACCUGACGGACGUGAACUCCAUAGACAAGUGGUCCCGAAUGUUCUUCCCCAUCACCUUCUCUCUUUUUAACGUCGUGUACUGGCUGUACUAUGUACACUGAGGUCUGUCCUGACGGCUUUGUUUAGAACCCUUUUCUCUUGUGUUUUACCCUCCAGGUCGACAGCGAUACUGCUGUGUUUCUUGAGGUAAGAGAUCAGCCAUCCAACCGGUUUUAGGUCUUGCAUAUCAAUUUUAUUACUGCACCAUGUUUACUUCAAGAAAAAAAAAAACUCUAUUUUUUUUUUCCAGUCUACUGUGGUCCAGGUUAUUAGCUCUUCAAGAGCCCUAUGAAUUGCCAUGUUUACAAAUACACAUACACACACACACACACACACACACACACACACACACACACACACAAAGAGAGAAGUUUGGUAGGUAGAUCUUUAGCAGUCUUUCCUAGUUGCCCUGGAUUUUACGGAUUGAUUUGUUAAAUGAAAAUGCAAAGAGGACCUCGCUCUCCCACCUGCAAUGCUUCCUGGUAAACUGUAACAAUCUCAUGCUGCCAAAAAAACUCCACCACAAUUUCCAGGAUCUCAGAAGAAAAAACAAAGCCAUUGACAAGUUACAGAUUUCCAGGAAGGCAGAAUAAUAAAACAAGGAGGCUAGAAAAGGAAGGAGGACUCCCCUCCACCCUUAAGUUCCCUGAGUCCCCUGUGGCAGGGCUCCUGGGCCCCAGGGGAACAGGGGAUAGACUAACAGGAGCCGGUAAAGGUUACACAAACCCACCGCCAUCUCCACCUCACCAUCAGGCUGGAGAUUCUGAAAAAGGCUUCUUUCUCAGACUUUCCAGCAAAUUUUAAAUCUCCAUUAGAAUACGACUGGUAAAACUGGUAGCCAUUGAGAACAUUUUUCUUUUUUCUUUUUUUUUUUUUUGAGGAUUUUGGGGGCAGUGACCAUUUGUCAAACUGGCCGUUUCAAAAGAGCAGCCCUGAAUUCUUUCCUUAGCCUAGAACUCCUUGACACUGUGCCCUGAAGCCGUCCAUCUCCCUAGCCUGCUGCAGACAGCAUGGGAGAAAGGGAGUGGGGUGGCAGCAGUGAGGGGUUUGAGGAAGGGGAUGAACAGUGAAUUUUGCUUGAGAAAAAUAUUGCCCUUUCCACGAGGAAGGCAAGAUUUAUGUGCUGUGAAAAGGGUGCCUGGGCAGUUAUCUGAACUGCCAAAUCUUAAAUCAAAUAGUAUAUAUUUCUUUGCCUUCCAGAGAGCAGUAUCAAAUGGUGACAGGCAGUCACACAAGCCUCAGUUGGCACUUCAUGGCUCUGUGCUCUCAUUUCUGCAUUCCACACUGGAAUCAAUGCUUCAGGAAACACACACACACACACACACACACACACA